CUUUGCUUCUUGAGUUGAACAACCUCAGAGUCCUAGCCUGGCUAAGCUUAGCUUAGCUACUUCCCACCCUUUCCUCCCCUUCCCUUUGUAAUAAGAGGGCUCUGGUUGCGUGUGUACUCGUCCAUUUCUGUUUCCUGUUUUGGUGUCGGAAUCUCUAUCUUUUCUAUCUCUCUUUUCUCUCUCUGGUUAUUUCUUCUCCUCUCUUUUAAUUUCUCUUGUGCCACAAAUCACCCUCAAGGCUUCAAGUCUCAAUACCUGUUUCCAGAACCAAGUCUCAAAAGAGAGAACCCACUCAGAAAGAAAAAAACUCUGGCCUAAGAGAUAUCAAUCCCACACCUAUCAUAGCUUCACAUAUCCCUUUUGCUUUUGGGUUGGUGUUGUGUUUGUUUUUUCUUCCUUCAUCAUCUUUGUGGGGUUUUACAUUGGGUUCUCUUAUUGUUAUAUGGGUUUCAGUCUUUGAGGUUCUUCUUCAAACUACCUUUCUGGCUGAAUUUUCAUCUCUUUCUCAUAAUAUCAAGGUCUUUGAGGUUUUGUCUUCUAAGUUUGGCUUCAAAGGUCUGAACUUUGGUACUUGAAAGACUUACACAAGUGAGUUCCUCCAUAUCUAUUUUCUUGUGUGAAAAGUGGAGGGUAAAGAAGAUUUUGAAUAUUUACUAUCUGGAUCAUAUGCAAAAGAUGGAGGAGGCAUGUCCUCAACUUCUGGAUUUGAUUCCGAAAGAAAGGGAGUGGCUUGUGAGCAAAGAUGAGAGCCAUGGCUAUUCAGAAGAGAAGAAAUUGGAGCUAAGGCUUUGCCCUCCAGGUCAAGACUGGUCAAAUCUGAGAGACAACACCUCCAGAGGCCAGAAAGAAAGAGAUGAGUCUCUUCUUUCUCUUGGGUACUUCUACAACAGCAGCAGCAGUGGAAACCAAACCCACCAUUUUGCUUCCUCAGAGAGAAAGACUGUUCUAUCCUCUCCAUGGUCUUCAUCUCCCUCAGGGUACCCCAACAACCAGACAAAAGGUCCUUCCUUUCUACAGUUCUCACCAAGCUCUCAAAGCCUGCCUGUCACCCAGAUGACCUCACAGCCCUGUUGCACUGAAGCGGUAGACUUGCAGAACGCAGAGAAGAAGAAAGCUUCUGCAAAUCCAGCUGUGACCAACAACACUUCUCAGAAAAGAACUGCUCCGGCUCCAGUUGUGGGAUGGCCUCCAAUUAGAUCUUUUCGGAAGAAUCUUGCGAGCACCAGCGCUUCAAAACCGGCACCUGAGUCACAAAAUGUAAACCCCAGCAAGGUUCCUAAUGUUAAACCAGUCGAAACCAGCAGAAAAGGCAUGUUUGUGAAAAUCAAUAUGGAUGGAGUCCCCAUUGGACGAAAAGUAGACCUCAGUGCUUAUGCCAGCUAUGAGAAGCUCUCCUCUGCUGUUGAUGAACUCUUUCGUGGGCUCCUUGCAGCUCAAAGAGAUUCUUGUGCUGGUGGAAUCAAGAACAACAUAGAUGAAGAGAAAGAAAUUACAGGUUUAUUGGAUGGAAGUGGAGAAUAUACUCUGGUUUAUGAAGAUAAUGAAGGUGACAGGAUGCUUGUUGGAGAUGUCCCAUGGCACAUGUUUGUGUCUACUGUGAAGAGGUUGCGUGUGCUCAAGAGCUCUGAACUUUCUGCACUUAGUAUUCGCACUGGUAAAGAACUGAAGAACUGAGAAGCUCUAAUCUGGAGAACUGAAGCCUGUACUUAAUUUUAGUAGACCUAAUUUUGUGUUCCUACCUAAAGUUUUGGUAUUAUAAUUUCUCAGUGAAAAAAGGGAAAGAGAGCAAAGAAAUACUGGCUGCAACCAACUAAUGUGUAUGAGUGUUUGCUUUUGCUGAAAAAGUUGUACUGAUUCCUCAUGCCUCUUGUAGGAAAAGAGAUAAAAAAGACAAUUUGUUGUGAUGGUACAUUAUUCUAACUUCUAGUUUUGUGUAAGCAACCCACUUUAGCCCUAUUGGUUUGGGUUUAUAAGGUGUCAAGUGCUUGACCGGAUGAUCUGUCUGUAUAUCAGUUUGAUUUGGCCCCCUACAAAAGAAAACUGUGUUUUGAUU